UCUUCUAUUUUUCCCCCAAAACCACAGUGAAGCCACCAUCCAUUGGCGCUUCACCCUUCAAAGUUUCGCAAUCGAUCGAGGCACAUGGACGGCGAGCUUUCCGGCGAGCUUUCCGGCGAGCCUUCCGACGAGUGGAUGCGCGACCACAAGCUCUGCGGCUUCGUCUGCGCGGUCCUCAGGGUCGAGCCGCCGCCGCCCCCUGUCGGGGCCCUCCCGCGCAACGCCCGCUGCUUCCUCUUCGGCGAAGGCGACGAGGUCGGCUUCCGGACCGAGGGCGGCGUCGUGCUGUCGACCAUCGAUUCGAGGCGGCCGGGGCUGGAAUUCUCCGAUCGCGAUGCUUCUGGCGAGAAGCCGGGCGGACGUGGCCGGCUAGGGCGGUGCGAGGGGAAUGUGACCGGGGAAGCGCCGGUUGGCGGCGAGAUUUGCACCCCGGGAAGCGAGGGCGCCGACGCGCCGCGUGAGGAUUGCGGCGGUUUGCCCUGCGGGGUUGGGAGCUGCGAGGGUCACGAGCGAGGGAGCGGUCGUAGUUCGAAUGCGGAGGCGUUGAUGGACGCGGAAUGGACGCCUGGGGGAGCGGUGAAAGUCGAGGCUUUCGAGAGGGAGAGCGGCGGGGGUUUUAGGAGGAGGAGAGCGAGUAGAAUUGGAUUGGUACAUGGGAGCAUGAGCAUAGUCCGCCAGAUUCACGCGCUGUCCAAUGGUAAGUGCUUGAACGUAAUGGCACGGUUGGUCCGGGCUGUGGUGGAUGACCACGGAGAGACGAGAGUCGUAGUCUUGGUGGAUGUUUACCUACCGUUUGCAGUUUUGUCCGGAUGGCAGUUCCCACGUUCGAGAUCCACAGCGGGUGCCCUUUUCCGACAUUUGAGGUGUGACUGGGGAGAGAGGAGUACGCUGCUUCGUAAUGGAGAUUACUCUGACAGUGCUUGUUCACAUGACGAGAGCAUCUGGAAUCUCCCCGAUUGCCAUGUUCUUAGAUGCAACCUGCAUACUCUUAUCCCUGAAUCUUCAAAGAAAAGGCUAUUUGAUCUUCAUGAAAUUUUCAAGAGUUUGCCCAGUCUAACCAAAAGAGAGGGUCUUGAUUCUUCAAGAAUACAACCAGACAAUAACUCUCGUGGAUCUGGGAUUUGGGAAUUGCCUGAUGAUGUUAUUGUUGGUGUUUUGACAGUGUUAGCCCCAUUAGACCUUAUUAGGGUCGCUGCAACUUGCCGACGUUUGAGGUCCCUGGCUGCGUCUAUCAUGCCAUGUGUGAAACUUAAACUCUUUCCCCACCAGCAGGCUGCAGUUGAGUGGAUGUUACAGCGUGAACGGAAUGUGGAGUCCCUGCUGCAUCCUCUGUACAAAGAAUUUUUAACAGAAGAUGGAUUUACUUUCUCUGUGAAUUCCGCUUCUGGUGAAGUCAUAACCGGGAAAGCGCCUACGAUCAAGGAUUUCCGAGGGGGAAUGUUCUGCGAUGAACCUGGUUUAGGCAAGACCAUAACAUCACUCACCCUUAUUCUGAAAACACAGGGAACACUAUCGGAUCCACCUGAUGGGGAGCAGGUGAUUUGGUGUAAGCAUAAUGGAGAUCAGAGGUGCGGUUAUUAUGAACUUCGUGGUAGUUAUGUGGGUGGUCCUUCACCUAAAAGAGCUUGUUCAAUGGCUUUUGACAAGCAAAGUUCGACACCACCAGUUGUGUAUUCAGAGCCUGCUGAUGGUGGGAACCGCUGCACCAGGAGCUUGAAUCGCAUUCGGAAAAAUCUGAUAUCAAGAUACGAAGAGCAAUUUGAAGAUAGAAAUCAUUACUCAAGUCAAAUGGAGUAUGCUGCGAAAGAUGGUGGUAGUUGUAGUUCUGAUGAAAAGCUAGACGGUACUCCAUCAGUGCUGCCACAUGGUCGCAAGAGGCCGGCUAAUGUUAUGAUGGAUUCUCCAAUAUUUACCGACACAUGGAUCCAGUGCAAUUCUUGUCACAAGUGGCGCAAGGUUGCGGAGAAAUUUGUAGCUGAAGUGGGUACUGCAUGGUUUUGCAGUAUGAAUGCUGACCCAAUGUAUCAGAGUUGUAGCACUCCAGAAGAAACUUGGGAUAAUUCCCAACCAAUUACUGACUUAAGAGGUUUUUGUUCAAAAGGGACAAUAGUGGGGAAGGACGAAAAUAUACGUUUCUUCAAAAGUGUGCUUAAGGAUCACUAUACAUUGAUAAAUUCCCACACUAGAAAAGCUCUCCAUUGGUUGGCUAAUCUAUCUCAGGACAAACUAUCACAAAUGGAGACUGUCGGUCUAAGAAGCCCUUGUACAGUAUCUGUUCAAUAUGCUUCUGGCUACCACCAAAUAUUCCAAUCAUUUGGCCUUUUAAGGAGGAUUGAAAAAAAUGUUUGCAGGUGGCACUACCCAAAAAGUCUUGAGCAUUUGGAAUUUGAUGUGCAUGCUCUAAAAACUGCUCUCUCUGAGCCGUUGAAUUCCGUCAGGUUAUAUUUGUCCAGAGCUACACUCAUAGUUGUUCCGCGAAAUUUGGUUGACCACUGGAAAACUCAAAUCCAGAAGCAUGUUAGACCUAGUCAAUUAAGGGUCUAUGUCUUGACCGACCGAAGAAGGAUUUCUCCGCAUAACCUUGCAUGGGACUAUGACGUCGUUAUAACUACCUUCAACCGUUUAAGUGCAGAAUGGGCUCCUCAUAAGAGAAGUGUACUGAAGGAAGUGCAUUGGCUUAGGAUCAUGUUGGACGAGGGACACACUCUGGGGUCAAGUCUUAAUUUAACAAAUAAACUGCAAAUGGCUAUAUCAUUGAUGGCUUGCAGUCGUUGGAUACUGACCGGAACUCCCACCCCGAACACACCCAGCAGUCAGUUGUCGCAUCUUCAAAUAAUGUUAAGGUUCCUUCAUGAGGAAGCAUAUGGGCAGAAUCAGAAAUCAUGGGAAACGGGCAUCCUCAGGCCAUUUGAAGCAGAGAUGGAGGAGGGUCGAUCACGCUUGCUGGAAGUACUUUGUAGGUGCAUGAUAAGUGCAAGAAAGAAAGAUUUGCUGGCCAUCCCACCUUGCAUAAAGAAAGUUACAUUUCUUAACUUCACUGAGCAACACGCUAAAAGUUACAAUGAAUUGGUAGUUACUGUUCGUCGCAAUAUACUAAUGGCUGACUGGAAUGAUCCGUCACAUGUUGAGAGCUUGUUAAAUCCAAAGCAAUGGAAGUUCCGUUGUACCACUAUUAGAAAUGUGAGGCUGUCUUGCUGUGUUGCUGGACACAUUAAAGUAAUGGAUGCCGGUGAGGAUAUUCAAGAGACAAUGGAUAUUCUAUUGCAAUAUGGUCUGGAUCCUCUGUCCGAAGAGUACGCUUUGCUAAAAUAUCAUCUCCUCCGCGGUGGUGAUUGCCUCAGGUGCGAGGAAUGGUGUAGACUACCUAUUAUUACCCCAUGUAAGCAUCUCCUUUGCCUUGAUUGUGUUGCGUUGAGCAGUGAAAGAUGUACUGUUCCUGGGUGUGGUUACUCAUAUGAGAUGCAGACUCCUGAAGCCCGGCCAGAAAAUCCAAAUCCGAAGUGGCCUGUGCCCAAAGAUCUUAUUGAGUUACAACCUUCUUACAAACAGGAUGACUGGGAUCCAGAUUGGCAGUCAACAUCAAGCAGUAAAGUUACUUAUCUGGUAGAGAAAUUGAGAAGGUUGCAAGGUGCCACUGGAAGUAGUUGUCAAUUUACAAGUGGCAACUCUAGUGCUGUGAACUUUCAGGAGCAAGCAAACCCUUCACUUUCGAAUAGCUCAAAGGUAUUAUUAACGCAGGGUGAUCAGUCCAGUUCUAUGACAGAUUCACACAGGAUAAUCACAGAGAAGGUUAUAAUUUUCUCUCAGUUUCUGGAGCAUAUACAUGUAAUUGAGCAGCAGUUGAUGUUUGCUGGUAUUAGUUUUGCUGGCAUGUAUAGUCCAAUGCACUCGAGCAACAAGAUGAAGGCACUCGCAAAAUUCCAGCAUGAUGCGAGCUGCAUGGCCCUCUUAAUGGAUGGAAGUGCUGCACUGGGUCUAGACUUGAGUUUCGUGACACAUGUAUUUUUAAUGGAACCCAUUUGGGAUAAGAGCAUGGAAGAGCAAGUUAUCAGUCGUGCUCAUCGAAUGGGUGCUACUCGUCCUAUUUACGUGGAAACUUUGGCAAUGUGUGGCACUAUUGAACAACAAAUGUUGGAAUUUUUACAGGAUGCAGAUUCGUGUAGAAGAUUCUUGAAAGAGCAAGCAUGUAAGCCUGAUCACGAGGGACAGCGAGCUCAUCGUACCUUGCAUGACUUUGCUGGAAGCAAUUAUUUAUCCCGUCUCAAAUGUAUUCGGACAAAAUGUGAUUCAUGAACUAAUUUUUGACAGUUUUAAUUGGUUUACCUCAUCCAAGGCAACCCUUGAGUUUUAGCUUCUGGCGUGGGGGGAGAUCAUAUUCUUCUUCAUUCGUUCUCUAGGAAUCAUCAGUAGCUGUCAAUACUUUUUGUUGAUAUUCUUUUUGCUUGGAUGUUUCAAAACUUAUAAAAAGUUAAUCAUCUUCUAAGUUCCUUUA